AUGAUAUUUUCAUGCAUAAUUAUUAAUUGGCCGAUUCAUUUUCUUUCUAAACAAAUUAAUCGAUGGAAUGAAUUAGACUUGAAUAUAAAAUUAAAAGCUCAAGUUGGUCAUUCAACAAAUUUUCUUGACUUAUGCAUAGAAAAUAAAAAUGGUGAAUUAUUUACAAAGGUUUAUCACAAACCAUCGUAUGAACCAUAUUAUUUACCAUUUAAUAGUUUUCAUCCAAUACAUAUGAAAAUGAAUAUUCCAUAUGCUAUGUUAAUUCAUGCGAUUAAGUAUUGUUCAACAUUGGAAACAUAUUUAAAUGAACGUGAAAAAUUAAGAAUGACUUUAUUAUUAAAUAAAUAUCCUGGUGAAUUUACAGAGAAACAAUUCAGCAGAGUAUUUCAAAUACAUAUUUUGAUGCAGCCAUUAUCGACAAGCAAUUAUAAAACAUUACGAGAGAAAUUAAUUGAUUUAGAUAAAAAAGAAAAAAAUUCCAAUUGA